ACAAAUUAGACACAUCAUUGAGUUUGAAACCAUAUCCACACCCUGCAAUUUGGCAAGUUAAAGGCAGAGCAUUGGGAACAGUUUCCAAUAUCUCUCUCGUUUUCUGUGAAUCUUCCAUAUGCAGAACAUAUUCAUAUAGAUUGAAGAAGUUGAAUACUGUGGCUUCCAGUACAAAAUGGAUACAACAUUGAAACACCCAUUGUUUUUGAUAAUACUCAGUGCUAUGCCAUGUUUUGGUGGAAUAACCAGCAAGUAUGUGAGAAAAACUGAAGCAUCAGUUGACAUGCCCAUGGAUAGUGAUGUUUUCAGCAUUCCACAAGGCUAUAAUGCUCCUCAACAGGUCCAUAUUACUCAAGGAGACCAUGUGGGUAGGGGUGUAAUUGUGUCAUGGGUUACACCCUCUGAGCCUGGGUCCAAUACUGUUCUUUAUGGCACUCAGCAAUCGAAGUAUAAAUAUUCAGCAGAGGGGAUUGUUACCACCUACAAGUUUUAUAACUAUACAUCAGGCUACAUUCAUCAUUGUACAUUGAAGAAACUCAAGUAUGACACCAAAUAUUUUUACAAGACUGGAUUGGGAAACACAACGCGCGAGUUUUCAUUCUCAACCCCACCAAGAAUUGGUCUGGACACACCGUAUACAUUUGGUCUCAUUGGAGAUCUUGGUCAAACAUAUGACUCAAAUAGGACCUUUCAGCACUACUUGAAGACAAAAGGACAGGCAGUUCUAUAUGUAGGAGAUCUUUCUUAUGCAGAUAAGCAUCCAUUGCAUGACAAUAGGAGGCGGGACAGUUGGGGACGAUUUACGGAAAAAAGCAUGGCUUACCAACCUUGGAUAUGGACAACAGGAAAUCAUGAUAUUGAUUUUGCUCCUGAAAUUGGAGAAAUACAACCUUUUAAAGCAUACAUGCAUAGAUAUCAUGUCCCAUAUCGGUCCUCAGGAAGCUCAUCUCCAUUUUGGUACUCAAUUAAGCGUGCAUCAGCUUACAUCAUCGUUCUCUCCUCAUACUCAGCCUAUGCAAAAUUCACUCCCCAGUAUCUGUGGCUUAAGGAAGAGCUUCCAAAGGUUAACAGAUCAGAAACUCCAUGGUUGUUUGUUAUCAUGCACUCACCAGUGUACACUAGCAAUACUAAACACUACAUGGAAGGAGAGAGUAUGCGAGUCCAAUUUGAAUCAUGGUUUACAGAUUACAAAGUUGACAUUGUUUUUACUGGUCAUACUCAUGCCUAUGAGAGAACAAAGCGGGUGUCAAAUGUGGAUUAUAACAUAACGAAUGGGGAGUGCAGACCUGUGUUCAAUUCAUCUGCUCCAGUGUACAUUACUAUAGGUGAUGGAGGAAAUAUAGAAGGCCUUGAUACAGUGUAUCUAGACCCUCAACCUGAAUACUCAGCAUUCAGGGAAGCAAGUUUUGGCCAUGCAAUCUUAGAGAUAAAAAAUCGAACACAUGCUUACUACUAUUGGCAUCGUAAUCAGGACGGAGAUGCUGUAGUGGGUGAUACCCAAUGGUUCUACAAUAGGUAUUGGUAUCCUCACAAUGAACCUACAUCAGAAAUCUAAACCUAAUUGUCACAUCCCUGCAAACUCUAUAUUUUCUUUCUGUAUUACCGUCCCAAUGUAAUUUGGACUAAGGCAGGGACUUUCACACCGAAAUUGUAAUCAUCUCUAUGUUUUUGAAUGUUUGUACGGACUUAUUGAUUAAUGCUAUAGAUUCAGUACUUUAAUUGUUAACUGUUGCAAUUGCCAGGUAAUUGAAAGUUGAAUUAAUUA